AUGCUCCUCCGUUGCCUCCUGAGCCCACCAACGGGCGCCACCGCGGUGGCCGGCGCGGUGGUCGACAACAGCAGCAGCAGCAGGCGGGUGGCGCCCCUCGUCCACAACAGACGCAACAGUAGCACACCCCGCGUUGGGCCGGUACUCUAUUACAAUUGCUGCCAUCCACAUUGUUCGGUAUGGUCAAGCUUCAGCAGCGUGUUCGCCUCAUUCGACCGCGACGCCGACGGCAAGAUCUCGGCGGCGGAGCUGCGGCUGUGCAUGAAGGCGGCGCUAGGCAAGGACGUGUCGGCGGAGGACGCCGAGGCGCUCGUGGCCUUGGCCGACGCGGACGGAGACCGGCUGCUAGACGAGCAGGAGUUCCUCCGGCUGGUGGCGCGGCCGGAGACGGAGGAGGAGGAGGAGCGGUGCAGGGGGCAGAGGGAGGCGUUCGCGAUGUACGAGGUGAAGGGCGAAGGGUGCAUCACGCCAUCGAGCCUGAUGCGGAUGCUCGCCAGGAUGGGGUCCGAGCAGGGCAUCGAGGAGUGCCGCGCCAUGAUCCGCAGGUUUGAUUUGAAUGGAGACGGAGUGGUUUGCUUCAAAGAGUUCAAGGUUAUGAUGGAUGCGUAG